CGGGAACCAUGACUGCAUUUUUAAAAUACGCCGCCACGCUUGACCGUCAUCAGCACGCAGGCAGACCUUGCUGUUAUGGAAGCCAGAGGGUUUACGCAUGGUCGCGCAUCAUCGAGCAAGAUAUUUGAUCAACAAAGAUCUUGUUCCCCCCUCGUGUUUUUGGCAGGUCUAAUUUCUAGCAUAGCAAACCCUUGCCACCAUCAGAAUCCGCUUAGCUCAAUCAGCCUCGAGUCAUAAAGGAAAAUUUAGGGCAGUGCAAUGGAGUACUCGGGCACUUUUAAUCGCUGUAAGCUCGGAUCUUAACCAAUCGUGCUAAUCGCCGGCGCUUUCCUCGGUUCCUCACGAGCUACUGUUGACACCAUUAUAUUACCUCUGUUGUUCGACUUCGUACCAUGGAGUUAGGCGAUACCUUCGGUGCCCUACUGGUUGGAAUCUUCAUUUCUGCGAUUCUCUUCGGAGUCACCAACCUCCAAGUGUUCAUAUACUUCAAGUCAUACUCAAAUGACCCGACAUGGACGAAAUUGUCGGUGUGCUAUCUAUGGGUGCUGGAUGCUCUUCAGCUCGCAUUCUCUUUCCACGUAGCCUAUUUCAAUCUGAUAGUCAAUUAUUUCAAUCCGCCUGGCCUCUUAAGACUCGCGUGGAGUUUCAAGGCACAGGACAUCGUAGGUUCAGUGGCUAUAUCGUCGGUGCAAACGUUGUAUGCAAUUCGAGUGUGGAGCUUGGACAAGGCUUUAAACCGAGGCAAGCGUAUACGGGGUGUCAUGCCCAUCACUGUUGCUAUAUUGACAUGUGCUGGUUACGCUGCAACUAUUGUGCUAUGUUAUACAUUGGUCUCGGUCAAGAGCGACUCUACCCUCCGUUUGCUGGGAGAGAAGUGGAUAAUGUAUUAUACCCUAUCGAUCUGGGUCGGCGUCGACGUGGCUAUCGCUGGAUGUAUGUCUUUUCUGUUAUUUCGGUCUCGGACGGGAUUUCGAAGAACAGAUUCGAUGAUAACGGUGCUCAUGCUUUACACGCUCAGUACCGGUACGAUUACAACUCUUUGUUCUCUGUUAGCCAUCGCCACCACGGCCGCACUUCCCAAGACAUUCGUCUUCGCCGCUGUGGAAUUCUCUCAGACUAAGCUCUACGUCAAUUCGUUCAUGGCGAUGUAAGCAUGCCUUGAAUCGUCAAUUGCACAAAAAGAUAACUGUCCGUCUUGACGCAUCGAAAGGCUCAACGCGCGCAAUUCUAUCCGCAACCCAAAGACAAACACGCCCGAGGA